UCUUGUGUAAACUCUAUUUGGUGUUAUACGACAAAUAGUUCAUCUUGGUAAAACAUAUCUUAAUUCAUCUGGUCUAUAGCAAGCCAGACAUGGGGGUUAGUGAAUGGGUACGGAGCAGAAUAUUUGCUUGACUGAUGUCUGACCUGACCUAGGGUGCCACGCUUCUAUUAUUAGCUAACAGUGGCUUCAAAAAAGACAAUUGAUCGUACCCCAAUGACAGCCACCACUCUAGCCAGUUUAUGUGGAACAUUCCAUAGUUCCAGACCCGGAACAUCAAUACAGUGCCAUUAUUUAAUUGUGUGCUUGCUAGUCUGCUUUGUGGACACUUAAACCAUUGGUUAAGAAGGAUAAUGAACUUCAGAAAGUACUGAUAAAUUAGUAAUGGACAAGUUGUCAUAAAUAUUGGUUCUUAAAUUCAACAAACUGCUGGAAAAUAGGCUAAAUAAAAUCCUCAAACAAGGUUCACCUAACGUGAAUCCCUGACUAUAAAUGUAUUUGAACCCGACUCAUUUGGAAAGUGAAUCAAUCCCCCCUCUUGUUGCCAAAUGAUUUGACCAAAAUUCUAAAGAGAGACCAUUUCAGGGCAGUACACAGGGUUCUCAGGUGAAUGGUAUAGUCAGUCUAUAUUGGGUACCAGUCUGUUUGAGAUUGAACAAUGUUAGCUCCUGUAGUAAAGCAGAACCAGACUGGCACACCAUCUGCUCAGCAAUAAUCCACCCAGGAUUUGGGGUUAAGGUUUUCUACUGAGAACCAAUAUUUUCACAUUUUCCCUUUUGUGCAGGUCAUUAGUUAGAGCAUGACAAUCUGGUUUACUCAUCAUGGGGAGAUACUAGUAGAAAAUGUUUGGAUUUGGGCCAGUAGAUAUAUGUAAUUGAUUCUUUAGCCACAUUUAAAAUGAAUGAGUGGGAGGUGCUUUGGAAAGCUGGAAAGUGUUCCAGAUAGACAUUAGGGAUUGCAUUUGAAAGAAUGUGUUCUAGUACUCUCAUGAAGUUAUUUUCAGUAAGCUUAUAUUAGUUUUAAAUUAAACGGGUUUGACGGGAAAAUGUAUCCUGUAUGCAAUUGGUUGUUCCAAUUACUGGUUGUUCUGAAACACAACUGAAAAGAAAGCGUCAUGUAUUUUCACUGCACUUGAUACACUCCACAAACUAUAAACAGAGCUUGAAAUUGUGGCAUUGCUUAUAAAUUUAACUGGCUAAAUAUACAGAACAAAAAUGGGAGCUAGCCCCACCCACUGGAGAGCCAGGACCAGCCAAUCAAAAUGGGGUUUCUCCCCCACAAAAGGGCUUUAUUACAGAUGUAAAUACUCCUCAGUUUCAUCAGCUUUCCGGGUGGCUGGUCUCAAGACAAUCCCGCAGGUGAAGAAGCCGGAUGUGGGGGUCCUGGGCUAGCGUGGUAACAAGUGGCCUGUGGUUGUGAGGCUGGUUGGACAUACUGCCAGAUUCUCUAAAAUGAAGUUGAAGUGGCUUAUGGUAAAGAAAUUAAAAUUACAUUCUCUGGCAACAGCACUGAUGGACAAUCCUGCUGUCAGCAUGCCAAUUGCACACUUCCUCAAAACUUCAGACAUCUGUGGCAUUGUGUUGUGUGACAAAACUGCACAUUUUAGAGUGGCCUUUUAUUGUCCCCAGCACAAAGUGCACCUCAUACAGCUUAAUAUGCCACAUCUGUCAGGUGGAUGGAUUAUUGUGAAAAAUGAGAAAUGCUCACAAACAAGGAUGUAAAAAAAAUGCCUGCACAAAAUGUGAGAGAAAUAAGCUUUUUUGUGCGUACGGAAAUUUUCUGAGAUCUUUUAUUUCAGCUCAUGAAGCAUGGGACCAACACUUGACAUGUUGCAUUUCUAAAUUCAGUGUACAGGAAUUUGAUUAUUAGUAAUAGAAUAUAAACUUUUAAUCAAGUACUCACACCCAUCCCUAAUAGACAUCAAUUGCACAUCACACAGAUUGGCAAACUCCUAUUGGUGUUAGUCUACUUGUUGAUAGGCAAAAUGACAGACCCAUGUAACUGCACAGUGCAUUGACCAAAGUCGAUUAUCAAAAUCUCAUCGACAAUCCAUUCCUUUGGAAAUAAUGAUAGUAUGAUCUGGUUCAAGGAAAACCACAAAGAAAGUUGUGUUUUCUGGCCAUCACAUGACACUAUAUGUAGGCUACAAUGAUCAGAACUGCAUUUCAUUUUGUAACUGAUUUAUAAACACUUUUGUAACUGAUUUCAGGUCAAGUUACAGGACCCAGGAUUAUGCCAACUCCUGGACAAAAAAAAGCAGACAAAGUUUUGAAUAUACCCUUAACAUCUGUGGUAAUCAGGUUUAGGCUCAAUUUGAAUUGAGGCAGUCAAUUUAGGAGUACACUGAUAUUCCAAUUCAAUGAAAAAGGGAAUCUCUUUUCCACUACUUCUCAAUAAACUGAAAUGGAGAAGCUAUUUAUGUCAAAAGUUGUCAAAUGUUCUGAUUUUAAAUUCAACUCACUUCCUGAAUUGACUGACUUCAAUUGCAACAAGCCAGAGUAAUCGAUUUCUUGUAAAUUAAUACAAAUAUUGUGUCAACUGCCAGAGACAACUUAAUUACAGAGAGGAAGCACCAGAGUAUGAAAUCGGACAUGACCCAUUGAUUGCAUUACAAGAGUAAAAAACUAUAGAUCUGAACGAGUUGUGGCACAGUCCCAUAGCGUUAUGUUGUUUGGGAGGGACACCAGAACCAGUAACUGAUUUCAAAACAAACUCCCAUCACAUUGCCUAUGUUUACCUUGAUCAUCAAACAUCAGAUAAACUGCACCAAACAUCUCUCACGGGGGCUAUGGCGUAUAGCCUUUAGAAUCUACAGACGGCAGACAAGAGGAAACCUAAUAAGUAGGCCGUCUGUCCAGUACAACAGCUUUCCAUGCUUCACUCUUAUAUUCCUAGCUAUACAUUCAAGCCACACUGGACUGUUGAAAUUUAAGUUCAGCUAGUCCUUUAGGAGAAGCCAAAUAUCUUUUCAACCAAGGUAAUUCCACUGUUUCUUUUUAAUUAAGGACAUUAUUUAACUAACCUAUAACCCUGAAUCAAUAAAUGGCAAGCAUGAAUAGGCUGAAACUAUUGCUGUGUGGCUAUGAUUUAUCUUGUACUGUAUUGGUAGAACUCUGAUUAUUGAUUUUAUCUCGCUGACUGACCAGAAUCUGGCACUGGCAGCUGUCUCAACUGUUCAGUCAUAUGUGGUGUACUGUCGGCACUGGAAACCCUGGUAAAAUUUGGGUCACAGAAGUUCAGGUGAUGCGCAUCGACAGAUGUGGAGGGGGCACAAACGAUUUUCUUUUAAAGCUUUUUGGUGGCCUCAUCGCGGCUGGAUGACCCGUGGGGAUUCAAAUCACCGGCAGUCUGUCCAUGCUGCUGCAAGACACAACGAUGCCCGUGUAAAGAUGGGGGAUUGGAAUUUCCUAGGGGGGAUAUUGGAGGAGGUGCAUAUCCACUCCACUAUGGUGGGAAAAAUCUGGCUCACCAUCCUAUUCAUCUUCCGCAUGCUGGUGUUGGGUGUGGCGGCCGAGGACGUGUGGAACGAUGAGCAGGCCGACUUCAUCUGCAACACGGAGCAGCCCGGGUGCCGGAACGUCUGCUACGACCUGGCUUUCCCCAUCUCCCUCAUCCGCUUCUGGGUCCUUCAGGUCAUCUUUGUCUCAUCGCCCUCACUGGUGUACAUGGGCCAUGCUCUCUACCGCCUCCGAGCCCUGGAGAAGGAGCGGCAGAAAAAGAAGGUCCUGCUACGUCGCGAGCUGGAGCUGGUGGACGUGGACAUGGUGGCUGCUCGGAAAACGAUUGAGCGAGAGGUGAGGCAGCUGGAGCAAGGCAAGCUCAACAAGGCUCCGCUGUCGGGGUCCCUGCUGCGCACCUACGUGGCCCACAUCAUUACCCGCUCCGCCGUGGAGGUAGGUUUUAUAACGGGCCAGUACAUCCUCUAUGGCUUCCAGCUCGCCCCUCUCUUCAAGUGCGAGCGUGAGCCUUGCCCCAACGCGGUGGACUGCUUUGUUUCCCGGCCCACAGAGAAGAGUGUCUUCAUGGUCUUUAUGCAAUGCAUCGCUGUAGUCUCCCUCUUCCUAAACAUCUUGGAGAUCAUGCACCUGGGCUACAAGAAGGUCAAGAAGGGCAUCCUGGAUUACUAUCCACACCUGCAAGACGAGCUUGACGACUUCUACUCAAGCAAAACCAAGAAAGACUCCGUGGUGCAUCAGACAGGCAUUGCUUCCUCCGGCUGCAAUCCCACCAUGGCCUCCGCGCCCAGUGGCUACAACCUCCUACUGGAGCGGGCCCAGGAGGGUCACACCUACCCCUCCCUUAUCAACCCCUCUGCCUUCCUCCCUGUUCAGGGUGAACUGGCUGGUAAAAGGAGUGUGGAAGAACUCAAAGAUGCUGCACAUAGCCCGACGGAGCACAACUCCAACUCCAAUAACACCAGCAGUGACAGCCGUUCACCGCCCUGUGACUCAGUGACCCCGCCAAAGCAGGAGCCAGAGGAGUCUGCACACCUUCCCCCUCACAGCGAGGAAGAGAAGAGGGGGAGCCCAGACUCUCCCAGGCGCCCAAGGGAUGCAUCUCACGCCUCCUCCUGCCCGACAUUGCUAGUAGGCACCGGAAGGAAAACAUGGAGGGUCAACGCUCCCUCAAAUUGUUCCACAGUGGUGGAGGGCAAAAGCUCAGACACAGAUUCUUAUGGGGGUGCUAAGGCCAGUGGUGGGUACCAAGCCCGGACUGCGUCGAAAUCGGAACCCAAAAUGCGUCCCUCCACCCCAGACUCACUGGGGGACUCAAGUUCAGGGUCACAGCACAGUCCGAGAACACCCUCUUCCAAUCGCCGACCAUCAUCCACAAGCAACGCAAGUAGUAGGCGAGCCCCUACAGACUUACAAGUCUGAAUGCUAAGAGUAAA